AUGACCGAAUGUGUCUCAUUUGUUGCAGUGCGCCCCCUGUCACUGACGUUGACCGGCGUGGAACAACACACAGUGCAGGGCAGCCUGGUGACCUUGCGCUGCGAGGUCAAGAACGCGCUGCCUGCUGCGAACGUCACGUGGUACAACGGCACUACCCCCUACGACAAGAUUGAAUUGGACUCUGAGACCUACUUUCGGCACAGCAGCAAGUCCCACAUGUAG